GAGGGGAGGAGUCCAUCCUGCAGCAGCUUUAAAAGCUGCCUAAUCACAGAGAAAUGAUAACGCACCCAACAGAUUGUCAUUGCGCGUUUCUAAAAGUGAAGGUCACACACUUGUUUUUUCCCCUGCGAGGGUCUACUAGCGCCUGGGGCUCAGGACCUGCGGGUUUCUUCCGUUAUUUGGUCUUGGUUAACGAUCAUUGUAGCCGUUGACACAUAGCCUACCCACACAGACACACACCUACAGCCCACUCAGCGAAUUUCACUCUCUAUACGGGCAUUCCCCCCCGCAUUUCAAAAGACGGUAAACAACGGAGACACAGCGGGAGAAAAUGCCGUUAUCAAUUAACGGCGUACUCUGCACCCUGACGGUGCUGAUUCUGUGGCAGGCGGAGAAGCUCGUUGAAGCGUGCAGCUGUGCCCCAGUGCACCCACAACAGGCGUUCUGUAACGCGGACGUAGUGAUCCGAGCGACGGUGGUGGGUGAGAAGGCGGUAGAUACUGAGAAUAUCUAUGGUAACCCCAUCACCAUGAUACAGUAUGACGUCAAACAGAUCAAGAUGUAUAAGGGUCCUGACCAGGACAUUGAGGAGAUCUUCACUGCUCCGGUCUCCUCUGUGUGUGGCGUUACCUUUGAUACCAGUGGCAAGAAGGACUACCUGAUCUCAGGCAAGGUGGAGGCAGGUGGGAAGAUGCAUGUGACCCUGUGUGACUACAUCACUCCCUGGGAGUCCAUGAGCCCCACUCAGAAGACGAGUCUGACUCAGCGCUAUCAGAUGGGCUGUGACUGCAAGAUUGUGCGCUGCCCCUCCCUGCCCUGUGCCAUCUCCGCUCCAGAGGAGUGUCUGUGGACAGACCUGAUGAUGGAGAAGCAGGUGCACGGUCGCCAAGCCAACGACUAUGCCUGCGUUAAGAGGGCCGACAGCUCCUGUUCCUGGUACCGCGGUAAUGCUCCGCCCAAGAAGGAGUUCCUGGACAUCGAGGACCCCUAGUCACUUCCUGCCAACACCCCCUUCCAGCUGCCCAAUGCAAAGCCUGAUUUUAAAAAAAAAAACUAAAAAAUUUUAAGAAAAAUAAAUCUAAACAAUUUAGUGAAAUAUUAGAGGAGAAAAUAAGUUCUGUGUGGAAUUGCAAGAUGAAUAUGAUACACAUAAAAUAUAACGAGGCAAAGCUGAUUGAUUUGAGCGAGAUCGGUGAAAUUGUUUACUGGUUCAAAAACAACUCCUAGCUACUACCCCCUUCUGUCUGCAGAGCUGAAGGGACCUGCUGUAUUUGUAGUAUGGUGAUGGCAUACACAGGUUGGUGGCACCAUCAUUGGGGAGGACUGGCUUGUUGUAAUGGCUGGAACAUUGACUCCAUUCCAGACAUUAUAAGCUGUCCUCCCCUCUGUAUCCUCCUGGGUAAUCAAUCCACAUAGCUCCCUGAAUGUUCAUUUUGUCAAAUUUACACACAUACUUGGUUCCUUCAGGUCAACAAACAGAAGGGUUAGAGGCUAGGGGAAGGAGCUAGACUGGCUCAGGGUGUUUGUAGAGAUUUAGGGUCAUGAGACGGACUGGUCGAGUGAUUUUUCACAUCCCCCUGAGGCUGGCGUCAGGAGGACUGAUUCUUUAAACGAUUGGUGUCUCAAAUGGCACCCUAUUCCCUAUAGAGUGCACAACUUUUUUUUUUUUACCAGCGCCCAGGUUAAGUAGUGCACUCUAUAGGGAAUAGGGUGCCAUUUUGGACAGAACCCUUAAAGAGAAAGGUGCACUUGAUAUAACUCCUUUUGUGCACCUCCUGGGCAGAGAACUCACCUUUUGACCUACUGUAUGGAAUGGUUGCAAAAGGGAGAACUCUGCCUACCUGUCGGGCUGGGGGGGGGUCUAAAUCAAGUGCAACUUUUUGCCCCUAAACUCCUACCUCUCUCAAACUACCCAGGUUAGAACAACCCCAUAUCUAUUCAAUGAUGGCUAGACAAUGUUUCCUCAUUUCUGUUUGAUCCAAGUUGCCUUUUUGUGUUUUUUAUCUCCUCUAGUUAAAUGCUAUUUGAUGUUGCUUCUCAUGCUCAUGUUAUCACCAAUCAGAUUGCUGGUGAGGUGGGGCUUCCCAGAUUAUUCUAAUCGACAUUUGGAAAGAAAAUAGUUUAGUUUUUAUAAGUGAUUGCGUUCGUUUCGUCUGUACUCUAAGCAUCCCCGUCAGAGACAGAUCUGUGAAUAACAUUUAAAACAACCUUCUAGAAUGCGUGUCUCACCAGUCUGUGAAUAACAUUUAAAACAACCUUCUAGAAUGCGUGUCUCACCAGUCUGUGAAGUAUGUCAGACGUUGAUGGUAUCUCAUUUUACCCCUGCCCUUCCCCACUCUCCAUAACCCUCACCCCUAUGCCGCCCUCCCCUCGACGGUCUUUCUAGACUCAACACCCCCCUGUCUCCACCCACUACCCCUUCUCUCCCUUGAUGGCUAUACAGCAGUGGAGGCUGGUGGUAGGAGCUAUAGGCUCAUUGUAAUGGCUGGACUGGAAUAAAUGGAACGGAGUUAAACGUGGUUUCCAUAUGUUUGACUCCAUUCCAGUCAUUACAAUGAGUCUUUUCUCCUAUAGCUGCUCCCACCAGCCUCCACUGCUGUAUGGUACCCAUGCCUCAUUGGAGGCUGGUGGGAGGAGUUACGCAUAUACUUUUGUAUUUUUAUAAUUCUGUCAGAACUCAAUUUUAUACUUUUUGAAGAGGAAUUUGAGUUGAGAGAACCGUGUGAUUCUCUGUAGUGUUCUUAAUAUAGUACCCCAGACAGGAAGAUGUGUAUCCCAAAUGGCUCCCUAUUCCAUUACAUAGUGCACUAUAUAGGCCUUGGUCAAAAGUAGCACACUACAUAGGAAAUAGGGUGCCUUACGGGACACAGCCAGACAGCCGCGUUCCAGGCAGUCUUAACUACAAUCCGUUGCGCUGUGCAAAUGUUCAGAUCUUACAUCUGCGGCAGGUAGCCUAGUGGUUAACGCGUUGGACUAGUAACCGAAAGGUUGCAAGAUCGAAUCCCCGAUGCCUGGGGAAGUGUGUAACCUCUCAGGAAACCAUGUCAAUAGGAUUUAGUGUCACAUCUCAAAAUAAUGCUAUCUAUAUUAAUUUGGAUUGAAAGUAUCAGAAGCAUAAUAUAAGAGUGGGCUGUUUCCAUUUUACAUAGAUUGUUUCUCCCAAUCAAGUCUCUUUAAAAAAAAAUAAUAAUAAUGAUGACGUGGUGAAUGUCUUUCGCUGGGAGCACGCGAGAGAAAGAAUCUCACUCCUAGCCACCUACUUGCAAGGAAGGCACUUGCAUAGAUCUAAAGAAGCUUGGCUAGAUAUUAAGACUUAUCUUUCAGAAGGCAAUGCCUUGGUGAUACCAUAUUUCUUUUACCUUAUCCAAUGCUUUCUGAUGUAUGGAGGGGGGAUUAGGUGUGUGUGGGAGAAAGGUAGAGUGAGAUAAAGGGGUUGAGUUUGAAUACAUCCAGACUAUGCAUGUUUAAUCCUUUGGAUGUUAAGUUGGACAAACAUAUACAACAGUAUUAUCAAAUAAAACCAAACCUUUUGAAA